UUGCAUAGAGCUUUCAUCUCAACAGGAUUAGUGCCUGCUUGCAUACGGAAGUACACUGAUGGCAAUGGCAAUGGCCUCUUCUCUGUCGGUGCUGUUGCUCCUGUGCCUGGCGGCAUCGUCCUCAGCGCAGCUUUCGCCUAGGUUCUACGCGACGUCGUGCCCCAGGGCGCUGGCCAUCAUCAGGAGGGGUGUGGCGGCCGCCGUGAGGAGUGAGCGCCGCAUGGGAGCGUCGCUGCUCCGGCUGCAUUUCCACGACUGCUUUGUCCAAGGCUGCGACGCGUCCGUACUGCUGAGCGACACCGCCAGCUUCACCGGCGAGCAGGUGGCAGCUCCGAACGCCGGCUCAAUUCGUGGCAUGAACGUCAUCGACAACAUCAAGGCGCAGGUCGAGGCCGUGUGCACGCAGACUGUCUCGUGCGCCGACAUCCUCGCCGUGGCCGCCCGCGACUCCGUCGUCACCUUGGGAGGGCCUUCGUGGACCGUUCCUCUGGGAAGGAGGGACUCGACGACGGCGAGCUUGUCUCUGGCCAACAGCGACCUUCCGCCGCCAUCCUUCGACGUGGCCAACCUCACGGCCAACUUCGCCGCCAAGGGGCUCAGCGUGACCGACAUGGUCGCCCUCUCUGGCGCCCACACCAUCGGUCAGGCACAGUGCCAGAACUUCCGGGACAGGCUCUACAACGAGACCAACAUCGAUACGGCCUUCGCAACACCUCUCAAGGCCAACUGUCCCCGGCCGACCGGGUCCGGCGACAGCAGCCUGGCACCGCUGGACACGACGACGCCCAACGCGUUCGACAACGCGUACUACCGCAACUUGAUGUCACAGAAGGGGCUCCUGCACUCUGACCAGGUUCUGAUCAACGACGGACGCACCGCGGGCCUGGUCCGGACGUACUCGUCGGGGUCGGCGCAGUUUAACAGGGACUUCAGGGCGGCCAUGGUGAGGAUGGGGAACAUCAGCCCGCUCACCGGGACGCAGGGGCAGGUCAGGCUCAGCUGCUCCAGGGUGAACUAAGCUACCGGCCUAAAAUCCGGGGCGAUCAAAGGCGGACAUAAUAAGGCUGUGGAGUUAUUGUACUUGUACUGAUCAUGUGCAAGAACGUUGUGCCAUUUCUCGGAUCAUCAUCAAGUGUGGGAAGAUGGAGUGUCAUGUGAUGUAUCCGAGUAUCUCAAGGGGCCGUCGUGCAAAUGGACGAGUUGCAUACGUAUUUUUCCUUUGCUUA